CACCUAUGGCUUCAUGUCAAUCUUUAAAUGUUAUAGAAGCUGGAUUACGUGAUCUUAUGCAAAAUUCAGUUCCUUUUGGUGGAAAAAUUAUAAUCCUUGGUGGAGAUUUCCGGCAAGUCCUUCCAAUUGUACGACAUGGAUCAUGUAUUGCUCAAGUUAAUGCAAGCCUAAAACGAUCCUCACUAUGGGCACUUUUUCAAAAAUUUCAACUUAAUCAAAAUAUGCGUGUUAAAGAAGAUGAAAAGAAAUUUUCAAAGUGGCUUCUUCAGUUAGGUGAUGAAUCAUUAUCUACAGUUAAUGGCGAAAUACAACUACCACCAUAA